AUGGAGCUUUUUCCAGUUUACGUUCUUCAUAAUGGUGAAUGGGAAGAAAACAAGUUUAUCAAUUUCGUCAGCGAUUGUGUAAUAAUCGAGUCGACAUUCAGCUACAACAAUUUAGUUGCAGUUAUUUCGGAACAGAUUAGAAUCGAUUGUGAGUUAAACACAUUAGAGAUUAACUUUCUCCCAAAGGAUGAGAUUUAUGAUAAUCGUUUUGUUGCUACAAGUUCCAGUUGUUUGGUUUCUACAAGUUCUAGCUGUUUGGUUGCUACAAGUUCCAAUUGUAUAGAUGCAUCCACAAUUGAUAGCACUGAGAUUAUGCCUGAUAUCGAAUUUAUUGAAAAUACGGGUAUAAUAGAUAAUAUGUUGAACGAAUUUGUUGAGGAGGAUCAAGUUUAUAAAGAUAAAGAGACAGUUGUCAGUGUGAUGAAGAACUUGGCUGUACGCGAGAGGUUCCAAUUCAAGGUGAAGAGAUCAAGCGCAACAAGGUAUCACCUUAUGUGUGUGGAUGACAAUUGUGCUUGGAGUUCGAAAUCAUCUGCCGUUUACAAGGCAAACAUAUUCAAGGCGAGAAGUUACAAUAAUAAUCACACAUGCGGCUAUGGUGAAAGAUACUUAACACAAUGUCAAGCUACUUCGGGUGUAAUUGCUAGUAUAGUCAAGGACAAGUAUGUUAAUCCAAAAAAAGUUUACACCGCAAAUGAUAUAAUAGAGGACAUACAAAAGAAACACGGGGUUGAAGUGAGCUACAUGAAAGCAUGGAGAGCUAAAGAGAUAGCAAUGGCAAUGAUAAGAGGGAAUCCGAGCGAUUCAUAUAAGGAGUUGCCGAGGUAUUUGUAUAUGUUGCAGUACAAAUCCAGGAACGAUUACAAAGUUGCACAAAUCAGAAGAUGGAUACUUUCUUUAUGCAUAUGUUUCGAAAAAAUCUUUCCACUUGCAUAUGCAAUUGUAGAUUCAGAGAAUAACAAAUCUUGGGAGUGGUUCUUUGUCCAGAUAAAGGGUACUUUUGGAGUUAGGGAAGUGAUGUGUAUAGUUUCAGAUAGAAAUGAAAGCAUCUUCAAUGCCACAAAAGCUGUGUACCCAGAAGUACCACAUUGUAUUUGCAUGUUUCACUUGUGGCAGAAUGUCAAGCGCACAUUCAAGAAACAUCACAAACAAUUGAAGGAUAUCUUCUUUGCUUUGGCUAGAGCUUACACGAUAGAGAAGUUUGACUACCAUAUGACAGAGAUGUGCAAAAUUGAUCCGAGGGUGCAGCCUUACUUGUUCGAAAUUGGCUACGAAAGGUGGUCUAGGGCAUAUUCCAAAGUGAAAAGGUCGAUGGUAAUGACUUCCAAUAUUGCAGAGUCAAUUAAUGCAGCAAACAAGGAUGCUAGAGAGUUACCAGUAAUGCGAUUGCUGGAGUACAUGACAAAUUUGCUACAACAGUGGAACAACAAAAACAGAAAAAGUGCAAUGGAGACAUCUACAGAGCUUGGCGAAAAGUACGACAAACUCCUUCGGGAAAAUCUGAUUGCAUCGGAGCAAAUGACGGUGAGGCCUGCUAGGAGAAGUGAUAUACUGUGCUUGAAGGGGUAA